AUAUUCGUCUUUAAGACAGAGAUCAAGGUUGAUUUCGCGUCGCAGCCACACCAGGCGUGCGUAAAAGCGCAACGCAACAGAACGGAGGCGACAGGAUUUUAUGACUGCAGCUCUUACAGCCGAGAUGCUUUUACGCACAGAGUGGAGCUGUGAAAUAACGCUUUGAGUGACGUACAUCAACCAUGUGGCCAAUAAACCAAGCGGACUUAGUACUUGAUAUUCAGAGGUGCAUGUGUAUAUUGCAACAUUUUAGGCUGGCUUUGUAGCCUUUUUUGUUUGUUUUAUAACGAGGACAGUUACAGCUGUUUGCCUCCGUGUGACUGAAAAGCGGAGCCAAAAAACGCAGAUGUCUUCUCCCUCUGUUAUUUGGCUGGAUGAAUCAGUGCUGUGGGACGUCGGACGAGGUUUACUUAAUGAAUGGAGUGGCCAUGGCUGUUAGCCAUGAAGCAGGAGCCAGAUACGCCCGUCACUUCCUUCCGUCCGAAUAGGCCUUCCUGGCGCUACGUCGAACGCGCACUCUCUCGAAUAUGUCAACCAAGCGCGAGGACGCCCAGCAGACUGCUUAGCGCUCGCUGUUCCAUCUGAGUAGGAGGUGGCAACAAUAGACCAAAUGCCAUGGAUGUAUUCAAUUUCACAUACUGGAAUGCCUCUGAAGGCAAUGAGACAGAAGUUGUGGAAGAGAGCAAAAGCGCCUACAAGACCGUGGAGGUGGUGUUCAUCGUGUUGGUGGCUGGUUCCCUCAGCUUGGUCACAGUUAUUGGGAAUAUCCUGGUCAUGCUUUCCAUCAAAGUCAACAGGAACCUACAGACUGUCAACAAUUAUUUUUUAUUCAGCCUUGCAUGUGCGGACCUAAUUAUUGGACUGUGCUCUAUGAACUUAUACACAGUCUACAUAGUAAUAGGCUACUGGCCUCUGGGGCCAGUGGUGUGCGACCUGUGGUUGGCCUUGGACUAUGUUGUCAGCAAUGCGUCUGUCAUGAAUCUUCUCAUCAUAAGCUUUGACAGAUACUUCUGCGUCACCAAGCCCCUCAGCUAUCCUGUCAAACGGACCACCAAAAUGGCGGGCAUGAUGAUCGCUGCCGCCUGGGUUCUGUCUUUCAUCCUCUGGGCGCCCGCCAUUCUCUUCUGGCAGUUCAUUGUCGGCGGCCGGACAGUGCCUGAGAAGGAGUGCUACAUCCAGUUCUUUUCCAACGCUGCUGUCACUUUUGGCACAGCCAUCGCGGCCUUUUACCUGCCCGUCAUUAUCAUGAUCCAGCUGUACUGGCAGAUCUCCAGAGCGAGCAAGAGCCGUGUCAAGAAAGAUAACCGCAAGCCGUCGGGGGUGAACCCAGAGCCUCUGUCACCGGUCCAGAGGAGAAACACACCAAAACCCAACAAUAAUAACGUACCGGGGGCGGAUGCGGGGCAUUCCCAGAGCCAGAAUGCAGAGGAUGGCGCCAACCAGCAUGAUGGGAAACUUCAAAAUGGCAAAGGACCUUCCACCACCACGGCCGAGGGAGAAACCGAAGGCGAAGACGUGGCGAGAGAGAACUGCGCUCCCGGAGAGGAGAAGGAGAGCUCCAAUGACUCGACGUCCGGCAGCGCGGCCGCUUCCAACCAGAAGGACGAGGAACCGGCGCCGUCCGCGGCCAACUCCAGCGCCGAGGCAAGCCAGCCGCUUCCUCGUCAGCGGGCCAAAGCAGGGGGCUCCAAGCUGACCUGCAUCAAGAUCAAGACUAAAUCCCCGAAAGGUGACUGCUACACACCUUCCAACGCCACCGUCGAGAUCGUCCCGACCUCAGAGCGGCAGAAUCACGUGGCCCGGAAGAUUGUGAAGAUGACCAAGCAGCCCCCGAACAAGAAGAAGAAAGCGGCGCCGUCGCGGGAGAAGAAGGUUACCCGCACCAUAAUGGCCAUCCUGGUAGCUUUUGUGGCCACCUGGACUCCUUAUAAUGUAAUGGUGCUCAUUAACACCUUUUGCUCCAGCUGCAUUCCCAACACCGUGUGGACUAUUGGUUACUGGCUGUGCUACAUCAACAGCACCAUCAAUCCAGCCUGCUACGCCCUGUGCAAUGUCACGUUCAAAAAGACAUUCAAACACCUUCUCCUCUGCCAAUACAAAAAUAUUAGGUCUGCCAGAUAAAUACGGGCCGCUUGGGAGGAAGCACAGAUGUAUGAGUUACCUGUGUGUUUGCCAUCCAUGUGCAUGUGUGUCUGUGAAAGAGGUUCGUAAGCAUGAUAAAUACCGCAAGAGUACAUUUUUCCAAAUCACUUUCCACCGUUUCAUGAUCACUUAUCCAAUUCCUCUCAAUGACCGGUUGUAGCACUUUACACAAAUUCAACUGGAGCCAGUUGCAUUGAGAUUUGUUGGAGCUGGAGCAGCAUAGAUGAGGGAGGUUGUGAAAAAUUUAGUGUUAUUGAGAGCGGUGUGCUCCCCAAAAAAAUUAAUUAAUUAAGAAAAAAAAGAAAGUAAAGCAAAGGGAGGGGACACACAGCAACACCAAGCUGAUUAAAAAAAAUGCACAAAGUUAAAGAGCAGUGGAACAUCUGCACUGUGCGAAUAAAAACACAAGAAAUCGACAACUUGGGAAAAUAGGGCUGUCUGAAUUUACAAACCUCACAAGGUUGAAGUUCAGUGAAGAUACCUGUAGAUAGCUGUACAUAUCGGUGUAUAUUCAAUCACGCCCCUCCACCCGUCUUCUUUCCAACCAUGGCACAUCCAACCAGCAACAUGUAAAAUGAAUUGGGGCAUUUUGGCGUAGACUGCUUCCAAUACGGUCACGCCACAGCUGGAAGCUAUCCCAUCUGAGGACGAGGCUCUACGGGAAUGAGUUUCCAUCAAUACUUAAUAGAUAUAUUCAUACAUUCAAUCUGCACUUGUCAACUUUGCACACCACUAGUGGUUAUAAAUAAUUUUGAGCUUAAAAUGUCAAUUUAGUUAAGGUCAGAUAUGUUUUUUUAUAUAUAUAUAUAAUAUCUGCCUUUCACACCAAAGCAGUGAAAAAGAGAAAAAUAAGUAUUUUAUUUGUUAUUUUGGCUGCAAAAACUUUAUUUGGACCAAUUGGAUGAUUCUACAUCUACAGUGGAACCCCCUCAUUUGAAAGACCUAGUCAACACAGCUCAUUAGCUUAGCAUAGCAUGUGCAUUUCUUCAUUUCUUUAUUGUAGCAUAUAAACAAACGGAAACAAUUACCUGGCUCUGUUCUAGAUGAAAAAAAAAUAAAAUCCACCUGCCCGCACCUCUGAGGCCGGAGAUAUACUCGCUUUUGACUACAUGUUUGCAUCAUGGCCGCCUUUUUUGGCGCGCACAUGUGAUUCAGGCGGCGGCACGAGGAUUUGAUAUGUGGCGAGUUUUAAAGAAAAGCUUACACACCAAAGUGACACAACCCACACCCAUGCAGUUCAGAACGCGGGGGCGCCGUGUGAACUGCCUGAACAUGUGACUUGGAAGCGAGCGUAUCUCCAGCCUAACACGCAUUUAACCUGUACAAAAACUUAAUACUUAUUUUUUGUUUUUCUUUCGUCUUAGAGCAAAGAUCUUCAUGAAAUCUGGGGAAGUCCCCUUGCAAAACCUUCAUUUUCCACAUUCACUAUUUUGCGUGGAUUCCUACAUUUUUAAUUCCUGUAUACAACCUGCCAUGUAUCAUCACAGAGAAAUAGCUGUAAUAGCUGCAAGGAAAAUAAAUCGGAUCAAAUAACAACAGCUAUGAUUUAAAGAGGUGGUGGUGGGAGUUGGAUGGGGGGGGGGCGUAGUAUGAGAUUGUUCAGUCGCAAUCUUUGAUUUGCCAUCUCCAGAAAACACAUCACCAGCUACGGCUUCUCCCGCUGACAGGAUGUCAGAUGUUUAUUUCAUGGAGGCUAUUAAGAUAUUUAUGGUUCCUGUCAUGUUUCUUUUUUUCACCCCUGCGAAGAACCCUCCCACUCAGUGCGUGAAACAGGUGGUUGGAGCUCAGAGCUGUCCUUUAUUAUAGUCUUGUGUGUGUGUGUGUGUGUGGAUGAGUGGGAGACUUCAUUUGAUCCUGAUGAUUAGUGGAUUAAUGUCACGGUGUGUUCUGUACUCUACUGUACAGAUGAGUACAGAACACACCUGUGAAGACCUGUGUGCGCGUGUGUGUAUAUGUGGGUGUACAUGCUGAUGGGUGUUUGUGCGCUCCAAGAGUGGAGUUUACUUCAGAUCACAGGUGACCGCCUCGUGAUUUAAAAAAGGGCUAUUUCUGUGUCUUUACGCGUUUCUGUAAUUCAUUCACACAUUUUACAUUUUCAGUAGAUUAAUUCAAUUAAUUUUUUUCUGUGGAAUUAAAGUAUUUAUUAUAAUGAAAGAAGGC